CUCCCCGCCCGCCCCGCCGGCAGCUGCGCCGCGCUCCGCCAGCGCCGUGCGGGGGGAAGGAGGGGAGCGGCGGCGGGCGCGGCGCCAGCGCGGGACCUGCGCCCCCCGCGCCCCGAGCCCGCCGCACGCACAGGGGCCGCGGAGCCCCGCGAGGAGCGCGGCCGGCAUGAGCCAGGUGCCGAGGAAGCUGCCGGAGGAGGAAGAGGGGGACGAGGAGGAGGAAGAGGAGGAGGAGAUCGUGGGCUUGGCGGGCUAUGCCGACGGGGCCGAGUCCUUCUCGGACGGCGACGCGGAGAGCGGCGGCGAUGAGGCGUUUUUGGAUUUCAAUGAUCCCUUCAGUACUGAAGUUAAGCCAAGAAUCCUGCUCAUGGGAUUGAGAAGAAGUGGAAAGUCUUCCAUUCAGAAAGUUGUCUUUCACAAAAUGUCGCCGAAUGAGACUCUCUUCUUGGAGAGCACAAACAAGAUCUGCAGAGAGGAUGUUUCCAACAGCUCCUUUGUCAACUUUCAGAUUUGGGAUUUUCCUGGGCAAAUUGACUUCUUUGACCCUACGUUUGAUUAUGAGAUGAUUUUCAGAGGCACUGGAGCACUGAUAUUUGUUAUUGAUUCUCAGGAUGAUUACAUGGAAGCAUUAGCUCGGCUGCAUCUUACUGUGACCAGAGCCUAUAAAGUGAAUCCAGAUAUCAACUUUGAAAUCUUUAUCCAUAAAGUGGAUGGUUUAUCUGAUGAUCACAAGAUUGAAACGCAGAGGGAUAUUCACCAGAGGGCAAAUGAUGACCUUGCAGAUGCUGGAUUGGAGAAGAUUCACCUCAGCUUUUAUCUGACAAGCAUAUAUGAUCAUUCUAUAUUUGAAGCAUUUAGCAAAGUGGUACAGAAACUGAUUCCACAGCUCCCAACACUGGAAAACCUGCUUAACAUCUUUAUUUCAAAUUCUGGGAUUGAAAAAGCAUUUUUAUUUGAUGUAGUCAGUAAGAUCUAUAUUGCAACAGACAGCACUCCAGUGGAUAUGCAAACUUACGAGCUCUGCUGCGAUAUGAUAGAUGUUGUGAUUGACAUUUCUUGUAUAUACGGGCUUAAAGAUGAUGGCACUGGAACUCCUUAUGACAAAGAAUCAAUGGCAAUCAUAAAACUGAAUAAUACAACUGUCCUUUAUUUAAAAGAGGUGACAAAAUUCCUCGCUCUUGUUUGUUUUGUCAGAGAAGAAAGCUUUGAGAGAAAAGGAUUAAUAGACUACAAUUUCCAUUGUUUUCGGAAAGCCAUACAAGAAGUAUUUGAAGUAAGAAUGAAAGUAGUAAGAUCUCGAAAACAUCAAAGCCACCUGCAAAAAAAUAAAAGACCCACUCCCAAUGGGACACCAAGAAUGCCAUUGUAACUGAGGUUUUCUGGCAAUAUGGCAAGCAAAGUUUUCAUGAAGUUGACGUGACUUCUGCAUCUCAUUGCACUGAGUGAAGAGGAAAACAAAUGGGACUGAUGUAUUAUAUGAAUUUUCCCUGAACGUUCAGAAAGCACUGUUUAAAUAUUUUUAUCCAAUCAGUUUUUUUCAUAUAGUGAGCACUUUGAGCAAAAUGUUGUAUAUAUAAACAUUGAGGUGAGCACUUGUAAGAAUUUUCUUAAUAUAUGCUGUAAACCUUUUUCAUGCCAUAUUAAGAAAAAAACAGCUGUGACAGAAAUACUGGGUACAUAAUUUGCACUUUUUCAUGUUUUCCUUGUGGACUUGGACUUUGAUAAACUUAGUUUUUAUGGUGAUUUUGAUGCAUGGUGUCAGGUAAAAUGUAUGCUGUAGUUUAUUUACCUGCUACAAUCAAAUUGGUUAGUAAACAAUUAAGAAAACUUGGUACAAUGCCUUUUUAAAUUUGUGACAGCUAAGACCUAACAUUCAUACAGAUCUAAUUUCCUAUAUUUUUCAAUUUGUAAACUGAAGAAUAAUAUUGAAGUAUUACAGCAAUAAGCACCUUACCAGGGAUCGUAACUGGUAGGUAAAUAUUAGCUUUUAUAAAACAGGCUUUUGGCCAAAUUUCAUCCGGAUUUCUCCUUAACACUGGUCAUGCCCUCUCUUGGGUCUGGUUUUAUUAUUUACCUCAGCAUAUACCACUAAAAUACCUUUCUAUAAAAGUGAUUGUUUUGUAAAAUGGCUCUAUGUUGCACUGGUAUUUUUAUAAGGCUUCAGAGGAGUAUGUUGUAUCUGUAUGGCUGGAUUUACAUUGCUAAGUUUAUGUCGAGGGCCUGCACAUGUACAGUUGGUGCAAUGAAGAAUCUGUUUGUAUUUCCACCCUGGCAUUCUGAUGUACUGAUAAGUCAUAAAGGUGUGAGCACUGGGUUGUGAUUCCCUCUAACAGGGGUACAUCUGUGAUUGAAAUCAAGACAAGACCAUUAAAAUGAGGACUGGACAAUCUACCGGCUGUAAUAAUCAGCAUACAUCACUACUUUUUAUUUUAAUAUUGAACAUGGGCAGAUUUACCACAAGAUCAGCCAGGACAGCAGAGCACUCUCAAACCUGAAAAGAAGUAACACUUACUUUCCAUGUUCUGUAUUCAGUGUUUUUGUUUAAUUAGUGAUACAGAGUUAUAAUUUUUAGAUGGAAGGGAAACACUAAUUUUUACCAAUUGCAUGCGCAGUCCAGUGGUUUUGUUGGAAGCUUUUGGGAGUGAGAAGAAUUUGACCAGAACGAGAGGGAACUUGGUGUACACCAGAAACAGGUAAGGAGGAAUGUAUGUGCCUUACAGCCAAUCUGCCCCUAGCCAGAAUAGCUCUGGAGGUGGGCAGGAAGAUAGAACCAAUAGCUCUGUCAAGAGUUGUGUGAUAGUAAUGCAGUUCUAGGGGCUCAAGAAGGUAAGAAAUACUGAUAAUAGUGAAAACCACUGAUCCUGGUGCUGGUGUGACAGCACCAGUGACAGUAGCUGUAGUCAAAUCAGUGUGUUUAAAAACCACAGAGUUCAGAUGCCUUUUGGUACUGUCACCCAUUAUCUUAGUUGAGAUAAUUAUUCUUCUGACUAGCCUCUCAGUUAAAGUAAUGCAAAGCUUUUUUCAGAGUUCACCAAAGUAGUGAUGGGUAAGAGACACCUUUUGGCAGCUUUGCAGUCCACAGGACUUUCACUGAAGGGCUGCUGUCAUUUCUGGCCACGUGUUUGUCUUUCAUAUUGUUGAGAUCCCCCAUUGGGUCACAAUCUCUUCACAAUCCCUUCAGCCCACCAGGUGUAGGUGGCUAUGUGGGACUAAGAACACCUACCAGGCUGGGCCAGAAUUUUUUUUUUUAAAUGUGUAAAUUAUCUCAUCAUAGUGGCUACGGUAUGAGUCAUAACUAAAUGUAGCUUCCAUAUAAUUGGCCUGAGUUCUAUGUAGCCAUGCAUUCCCUUCUAUUAGAUACCAUCAACUUGUUUAAGACAGUGAAGUUACCUCUUGUAGUCCCCUCUAGAAUUUAGAAUAGACUAUCUAGCAUAAUUUAGUUAAUACUACUUUAGCCAACAUAAAACUUGCAAUUUGAUAUUAUCAGAGUAAGUGUAAUUUUCAUCAGAUUACUUAUGUUUCAAAUAUAAAAUUGAAAGAACGUUAAAAAUUCA